AGUCUAAGCACGAAUGGUGCGUGGCGAGUCAUAUGGCCUUUCUUGCAUCGUUAUCAUACUAAUUUGUCAUUACACUGAGGGUCUGAGUGUAAGCCGUACAAAUUUUAAUUAGGAAUUUAGGCAAAAAAUGAUUAAUUUACUUAAAAAGUACGACGCGUACAGCAAACAUGUAGGAGUUGAGAAUUGACUGUUUCUUCACACAGCAGUAGAGUCAUCUCAAACUGGAGCUUCAAUAUAACACAAGCAGCAUGUAAUGAGGAUGUAUCGCAUUAUGCACGCAGGGCACUACACAGGCAUAAUCUUUACUUCUUGUAUACCCACGGGCGAGCAAGCGUGAAGGCGCAAAGUACUGCCGUCAAAAUGGCCAUAUGGACGGGUAGACGUCGCAAAUCCUCCAUGUUCAAAUCUGCUAUUUGUGGGACUUAUAUUUGUAUAGUGAUUGUUUAUGCUUCGGUGCUUAUUCUUUACGGAUUUAUCGAUCAAAUCGUGAAAUUCAGCGACGGGGGCGAGUAUGUUGUGGCAAGAAAACGACUGGUUCAAGAGACUACGGUUGGAACUCAGGAGAUGCUCAAUGUAACGGGAUCUACAUCUCCAACAGUAACAGAUGACAGUUUAGAGUUGAUAGACAAUUGUACAACACCUUCCAUUGACAACUUUCCAUCAGGAUUAUUCAGCUUAGACUCACUUCGUCGAGGCGCCUUGUCUAUAAACGUUAUUGCAGUCGUUUAUAUUUUUGGCGCACUUGCAAUUGUAUGUGACAGUUACUUCAUGCCUGCCUUGGAAAUCAUAUGUUCAGUUCUUAAUCUAUCUGAGGAUGUCGCGGGAGCAACUUUUAUGGCUAUUGGAGGAUCAGCCCCAGAGCUAUUUACAUCUGUCAUUGGUGUGUUUAUCAGUAAAGGAGAUAUUGGAGUUGGGACCAUCUUGGGCUCAGCUGUCUUCAAUGUUCUCUUUGUGAUUGGUCUGUGUGGACUGCUUGCUGGUAAGGCAUUUGAUCUCUCAUGUUGGCCAUUAACCAGGGAUUCAUGUUGUUAUAUUAUCUCAAUUCUUGCACUUGUCUUUGUCGUGGCGGAUGGUUUGGUCGUGUGGUCUGAAUCUUUGGUUCUUCUAAUCCUAUACGCUCUGUACAUUACCCUGAUGUACUUUAACCCACCGACUGAGCGUUAUGUAAAUCGUAAGAUGUCUACCUGUAGAUGUAAGAAACUUGUAGGUGUAGAUGGAAGACGAGGAGUAACGGGGGAACCAAGAGGAGACUUUACGGAGCUUGCUAAUUUAAUGGAAGAGGGGGAGGAGUCUGAUGAGGAUGAGGAGGAGGAGGUUGCUCUUCAUAUGGUCAAUGGAAAUGGAAGUCUUAAGAAAGAAGAUAAAAAGGAAAGAAGUCAAACUAGAGACGAGGGAACAUUUAGACAAGGUGAAGAUGAAGAUGAAGAAGAUCCAAAGUCACCUCUUGAGAUUCCCAAAGGAUGUCUUCAAAUAUUCAGCUGGAGUUUAACAUUACCAGCCCUACUGCUAUUCUACGUCACUAUUCCUGAUUGUAGAAAGAAGGCAUGGGCGAGGUGGUACCCCGUCACAUUCUUGGUUGCUCUUGCGUGGAUUGCUGGAUUGACAUACGUUUUGGUUUGGAUGGUCACUAUUGUAGGAUUCGUUCUCGAGAUAUCAGACACAGUGAUGGGUUUGACUUUACUAGCAGCUGGUUCCAGUGUUCCUGAUCUCAUAUUGAGUGUAAUAGCUGCUAGGGAAGGUUAUGGUGAUAUGGCAAUCUCUCAUUCUAUUGGAAGUAAUUUAUUCGACAUAUUACUUGGUCUGGGACUUCCGUGGUUUCUCAGCUCAGUUAUUGUUUCUGGACGACCUGUUGUCAUCCACAGUUCAGGAGUAAUAUACAUCACGGCCAUGUUGCUAGGCAACGUCGUCAUCACUGUGGUCUUAAUAAGAGCGAAUGGUUUCAUAUUGAAUAAGAAGUUGGGCUUUUUAUUGGUUGUCUUAUAUGUAGUCUUUUUGGUCUUGUCAAUCUUCUUUGAGAUGCAUUCAAUCUUAGGAAUGACAAUUCUGCCGCUGUGCACUUAAUCAUUACCAUUAACCUUUCCAGAAACAAUAUUAUCAAGACAUGUUGAUCAAUUUUAAUACAACAAAACAACCGAACAAUUAAGUAACUGUUCUGCCUGUUGAUGUAUUUCUCAUCCAUUUUAUGUCUUGACAUUCCGUUGUCAUGAAGGUCAUAAUGAGAUCCGUUGUCCUGUGUGAUUCUUAGAAUAAAUCAAAACAAUCACCUCACAGUGUCAUUGGGACACGAGUUGAGUAAAACUGUUGACUUAAUUCUUCAAAAUAAUCAUCGAAGUUAUAAUCAUCAAGUCAACCUAUGUAAUUGAUUUUUGUAGAGUGUAACAUUAUUUUAUAUUUCAACAAAUGUGUGUCUCAAUAUUGCCUUAUUGUCCAGUCUUAAAGUAAAUCUGUAUCUAUUAUGAAAAAUAAUAUGAUGUUUUUUCAAAUCCCCCGCGCAUCAUUAUUAUUCUGUCAAACAGUGACAAUGCACACUAUUCUGCAUCAUUAUUAACUUGAUAUGGUAAAACGCAUGACCCAAAAGCACUAGAACUUAUUUCAUAAAAAUCUGCUAAGCACAAAAACUGUUUUGCUGAGCAGACAGAUGUUAGCAUCUAAAAUACUUAUCAGUAGGCCUAUUGAGAUUGUGACUGGGUCCUUGGUUGGUGCUUACCAGACAUGUAAGAAGUAUGUUGUGCUUCGGGAUAUGCAGCUGUAUAUGGCAUUGGAGCCUGCUGUUGAGAACGUGAUUAAUACCUGGAUGGAUAACUCAUUGUCAUAACAACCAAGACGCAGAUACAAAUUAUUGUUGAUCUUGUUGAAUAUUAGUUUCACUGACAAAGUGAACUCGGCACCAUGAGUAUUAAUGAUAGUUCACUUUAAUUGAUGCUAGGCCUAUUUGUUUUAUCAUAUUUGUAUCAAUUCUUUAAAUCUAUUAUUGUAUUCAUUAUUUUAAAUAAUUAGGUGAAAGAAGGCUAAUUUUUUUUUUUUAAUUGAUCAAAAGCUCCUAUCUUUGAAUUAAUUUCUUUCAUCAAUGUACUAGUGACGUCCAGAUGGCCAACACAUUGCAACAAAAUGGAAGUAAACAAUAAUCUGCUUGGAAUUUGUUUUAAAAAUCAAUGAUAAUGUUAAUGUAUAAAUUACAUGCGCAAAUAAUUAUAAAACAUGGACAUUGAGU